UCACAUCCGGUCGCGGCCUCCACAGCGGUCUUCCUCAUCCUAGAAGGAAUCAGUCAGCAAGUAUCCGGACCUUCAACGAAUUAAACACCACUUUAGCUCUUGGAGACCGAAUUAAACUACAUUUGCGCACUCAGAAUUUGAAGUAAACACCAUCAGCGUCUUCGGACCGUGAAUGGAUCAUGGAGUGUGUUCCUGCUGUUCUAGACGAGUUGGAUGGUAAAAAGGAGGCGUACAUAGAGGAUCCUGAGUAUAAUGUGUACACCCGCUUCAUGAAGUCCCACCGCUGUUAUGACCUGGUGCCCACCAGCUCCAAGUUAGUGGUUUUUGACACUUCUCUACAGGUGAAGAAGGCAUUCUUUGCUCUAGUGUCUAAUGGGGUGAGAGCUGCGCCUCUCUGGGACAGCACGAAGCAAUGCUUUGUUGGUAUGCUGACCAUCACAGAUUUCAUCAAUAUACUUCACCGUUAUUACAAGUCACCUCUGGUUCAGAUAUACGAAUUAGAAGAGCACAAAAUAGAAACCUGGCGAGAACUCUACUUACAAGACUCCUUCAAACCUCUGGUCAGCAUAUCGCCCAAUGCCAGCCUAUAUGAUGCCGUCUCAUCUCUACUGAAGCAUAAGAUCCACAGAUUACCCGUCAUUGAUCCUCUAACAGGAAACACACUCUACAUCCUGACACACAAGAGGAUCCUCAAAUUCCUGAAGCUCUUUAUAUCGGAGAUGCCAAAGCCUGGGUUUCUGUCUCAAACUCUGGAGGAGUUAAACGUGGGAACGUUUGACAACAUCGCAGUGGUUCACUCGGAUACACCGCUCUACUCAGCGCUCGGCAUCUUCGUGGAUCAGAGAGUGUCUGCUCUUCCUGUGGUGGAUGAAAAUGGACGUGUGGUUGACAUCUACUCCAAGUUUGAUGUUAUAAAUCUGGCCGCUGAGAAGACGUACAAUAACCUGGACAUCACUGUAACUAAAGCCCUCCAGCAUCGCUCGCAGUGUUUUGAGGGUGUGCUCACCUGCCGAGCCAAUGAGACACUAAAGGCCAUCAUCGACCGACUAGUGGAGGCCGAGGUUCACAGGUUAGUGAUCGUGGAUGAGCAGGAGGUGGUGAAAGGCAUUGUGUCUCUGUCUGAUAUCCUGCAGGCGCUGGUGCUCACCAAUGGAGACGACGGAAGUGCUUGAUGAAAGUAGAGAAGAGUGAAGGAGUAUCUCUCAAUAAACCAGAAGCCAUCCCAAACACAGGAGAUAAAAAAGCACAGAGUGAAGAAAGAGAUGCUUAGCUUUUCUAAGAACAAAUUAUUUUAAUAAUAGAGCCUCCGUACCACUUCAGCGAGUCAGCAAGAAAAUGAUUUCCGAUGUUAACUGGACAGAAUUCAAAUGAUUUUAGUUAUGUCAUCCGUCACACUGUAGGACUUAGAAGGAAAUCAGAUGAGAUUGAGGUGAAGCUUGAAGCAGAAAUGUUCAUGUAGUUUUUGUGCAGGUGUCAGUGGAGAAGAAACAGAGUGUGACUUCAUACUGAGAGACUGAAACUUUCCCUUAUUGAUCCGGGCGCAGGUUUGCAGGGUAACGUUUCAUCUGAAUCGAAUGUUUCUGCACUAAACACACGCACACACACACACUCUCCAGAAGCAUGCAGAGGAAGUUUCAUUGGUUCAUUCUGAUCCAGUUUCACCAAACAUCAAACCAGUUCAGCACUAAGAGCCAUUUCAACUUCCUUUAUAAUGUGAACAUGGAGUGCUUUGCUAAAAUGUUUUAUAUUAACCAUUGAAUAUUUAUAGCAUUGGAAAAAACAAUACAGCUCCAUAAUAUUAUCAUCAUAUAUAUUUAGUAUAUUAUAACAUGCAUUGUGUCUAUCUUUGAUUUUUCCUGGUUGUUUUGGACUGAGCAGAACAUGUGUGUUUUACUAACACUUGCUACUGAUUUUAUUCUGCUUCAGUUGUUUUUAGCGCCAUGAUCUCGAUUGCUUUUAUCAGCAUUUAGAAAUGUGACGAGGAAGCAGAGCGUGUUUUUCUAGAUAUCAUCAGAUCGUCAUAUCUUAAAAGUGCUUCCAUGUAAUUUGACAAACAUAUACCAUAGGAUUAAACUGUUGUAACACAAGAUAAGAAACAUGAGAUUGGCUCUGGAUGAACUCGCACUUUUCUUGUUUUUAUUGUAGCUUGUUUUGCUUGGAAAAAGAAAAAAAAAACAUUCCAUCAUUUUAUUGUAAUAUAUUUGGCUGGUAUUCUUCUCUCUGUAAUCAUGUUUAUGCCAUACAUUAUGCAUAUGUAAAUACACCUGUGCUGUUUUCUUAUUCUCUCAUGUCAAAGAUGUUUUAUUCGAGGCACAAGCAAAAUAAAACGUAAUGUUUAUCA